AUGAGUUCAGACUACUCUUACGACAAUGAGGGUCAAUUCUUCCCCUUCUUCAUCCUCACACUUACCGGCCUCGUUACUGUUCCCCUUACCUACACACUCCUCCGUCCGAGCCGCGACGAUGAUGCGCUAGCGCCACGUAUCAAGACCGACUAUAAGCCAGACAAUGCGGCUACAGUCGAGUCGAUCAAGACAGCGCGAAAGCGCAGCCAGUGGAGGGUCAAGCGGUUCAUUUUCGUGGUGAUCGGCUGGGCCAUCAUGGCUGGCAUGGGUUACCUCAUUGUGGUCACCCAGCGAACUGUUCCUAAGCUUUGGAACCCUUACGAUAUUCUUGGCAUCUCAGAGUCCCUCAGUGAAAAGCAAAUCAAGUCGCACUACAAGCGACUGUCCCUCAAGUUCCACCCCGAUAAGGUUCGACCUGACGCUGCCAAGAACGAGACUGUCGAAUCCCUCAACGAUUUCUACGUCGAACUCACCAAGGCUUACCAAGCCCUCACUGACGAGGACGUCCGCAACAACUACAUUCAGUACGGCCACCCCGAUGGAAAGCAGAGCUUCAGUAUGGGCAUCGCCCUCCCCCAGUUUAUUGUUUCGGAUGGUGCCGGCAAGUACGUUGUUCUCAUGUACACCCUGCUUCUUGGAGUUCUCCUGCCCUGGCUCGUUGGAUCCUGGUGGUACGGCACAAUGAGAAUGUCCAAGGAAGGUGUCCUGAUGGAGAGCGCCAACAACCUGUUCCGACAAUACGACGACGAGAUCGAAGAAGGCGGCAUCAUUACUGCCCUCAGUGUUGGAAAGGAGUUCGAGGACGUUGUUAAGGGCGACAAGAUUGAGACAGCGCUUUCUAAGAUUGAGUCACGAAUCACCGCCGAUAGCGAUUGUCAACCCACCGCUUCUGGCAUGUCGAUCAAGGACAAGGAGGCUCUCCAGGAUCUCGAUAACGGUGCGCGACGAAAGGCUCUCGCUCUCCUCUGGGCUUACCUUGGCCGUGUUGAGCUCGAUGAUCCCACUCUUACCAAGGCAAAAUUCCAGGUUGGCCCUAUCGCCCGUGCUCUUAACCAAUCCUUCAACGCUAUCACCCUGGCUUACGGCAACAUCGGUCCCAUCGCCAACUCGUUCUACACCAGCCAAAACCUGGUUCAGGCGGUUGCACCCCACGCUUCUCCUCUUCUUCAGCUUCCCCAUGUCACCCCUGAGAUCGCCAGCAAGAUUGAGGGCGAAUCCAAGACUCACAUGGCCGUCCACCGUUUCAUGGAUCGACCCGAUGCUCAGCGCAGACAGAUGGCUAUUGGCGAGGGUCUCCUGACCGAGGAGCAGUACGAGACUGCCAUCGGUGUCGCUAAGCAGAUUCCCUUCUUCCGUGUGUGCCGUGCUUUCUUCAAGGUUACUGGCGAGCGCUUCAUCAUUCCUUCUUCGCUUGUUUCUCUGGUCAUCAAGGGUCGUUUCAUUCCUCCCGGUACUGACGACGUUCCCGGCGUCAAUGAACUCGAUCUCGAGGAUGUUGAUCCCGCCGAGGAUGAUAUUGACGCUAUCAACGGUCGCAAGAAGAAGACUAUCAAGGGCCCUGACGGCAAGCUCAUCCCAAUUGAGGAAGAGUCCAUCCUCCCCCCUCUGACCCACGCCCCCUACUACGCCCGCGACCACUCUCCCCAAUGGCACGCCUUCCUCAGUGACUCCAAGCAGGGCAAGAUGGCUGUUCCUCCUUUCCACUUCGCCAAGUUCGACCAGCCUAUUAUUGAUGACGAGGGCAAGCCCACUUUCAACAUGCAGACUCUCAAGGCCCAAUUCGCUGCUCCCCCUCAAGCUGGACACUACACCUUCGUUCUGCACGUUAUUUGCGAUGCUUACGUUGGUUUCGACACCAAGAUGGAGGUGACACUUGUCGUUGAGGAGGCUAGUAAGGCGGCAGAGAUGCAAGCCGAGGAUGACAUCAGUGAGCCUGAAGAGGAUUCUCUCGCUGGACAGAUGCACCAGCUUAAGACUGGAGAGGCUCCCAAACCUAAGACUCGCAGAAAGGAUUCUGACGACUCAGAAGAUGAGAGUGGCACAGAUGAAGAGGAGGAUGACGAUACCAGCGCAACAAAUACAGAUACCGAGGACGAGUCAUAG